AAAUGCAAUGUCAUCGCAGUCAUCGGCAUUCUGUGAGCAUCUGUGAGUGUGAGCCACUGUGAGAGCGCUCGUGAGUUAAGUGGGAGAAUCGGUCGAAAUCUCGUUUGCGUUGUACACGGCAAUUUUCCUUUUAUAUCGGCGAAAAUGUCGGGCGGUGCACUCUUUGGUAAUAACGCUUCGCGCGGUGCCUCGAAAAACCUUGUGGAGUUCAAGGCUGGUAAAAUGACCGUAAAAGGAAAAAUGGUUUAUCCGGACACGCGAAAGGGCCAGCUUUACGUCUACCAGUCCGACGACUCGCUGAUGCACUUCUGCUGGAAGGAUCGCACGACCGGAGUGGUUGAGGAUGACUUGAUUAUCUUUCCUGAUGAUUGCGAGUUUAAACAUGUUCCUCAAUGUAAGACUGGCAGAGUAUACCUUUUGAGGUUUAAAUCGUCGAAUAAGAAAUUCUUCUUUUGGUUACAGGAUCUCAAAACUGAUAAAGAUGAAGAACACUGUAGAAAGAUCAAUGACGUACUUAACAAUCCACCGACCCCAGGAUCUCAGAGGAGUGGCAAUACCAAUGCUGAGGGAGAUCUUCAGAAUUUGUUGAACAACAUGUCGCAGCAGCAGCUCAUACAAUUGUUCGGCGGCGUUGGUCAGAUCGGUGGUUUGGGCAGUUUAUUAGGUACAAUGAAUAGACCGCACGGUGUUCAGAGUACAAGAGCUUCCACUACAACUUCGUCCACUCCAGCCACUACAAAUGUGACUAGACCGCCCCAUUCAUUAACUCCUGGGCCUAAUACGGACUCGAAAUCUUCGAGUAAUAAUAAGUCAUCAACAAGAACGACAGCUCCGUCCACGCCAGCUGCAACAGCAGUGACUCCGAGCAAUAGAAUACAGCUUAGUGAUUUGCAGAAUUUUCUAUCGGAAAUUCCAACGCCGUCUCGAACAGAACCUUCUGUACAGAGGGGCGUAGCGACAGAGCUGACCAACGCUAUCCCGGCAGCAAUCUCUACGACGGAAAGCCUGGAGAGUGCCAUGAACGUGCACUUGCCACCCGGGGACAACCUGUCUACCACGCUAUCGUCUCCCCAGUUCUCCCAGGCGCUAUCAAUGUUCUGGUCUGCUUUGCAGUCGGGCCAGGCGGGCCCAGUCAUCCGUCAAUUCGGCUUGGGACCAGACGCCGUCAGUGCCGCGGCCAGUGGAAACAUCGAAGAAUUCGUCAGCGCGCUGGAGUCUGAAGCGAAAAAUGGUCAGGGACAGCAAGCGCAACAGGGACAAGACGACAAGAAUAAGAAGCAAUCAUCAUCAACUGCUAGUCCUGAUAAGAAGGACGAUGACGACGAAGGCAUGGCUUUAGAUUAAGAAUAGGAUUUGUACGCGUCUCUUUAUUUCAGACGUUUUCUUUUUCUAUUCAGAAACUAUGCGUUGAAUAUUGUGUUAUAAUUUACAUACGCAAUAAAAAAUCUCAACGGACAUAUUCUUCUUUAAGAUAAUUAGACAUACAUACAUAUAUACAUAUAAUUUUGAUUAAAUAAUAUACUUUUCAAAUGUGUAAACAAUUCUCCAAGCGCUCAAGAAUUACAUUUAAUGAGUGAUUAGCAAACAUGUUGAUUAAAUAAGAACAGGAAAUUUCAUCAAAAUUUACACAUGUGUACGAAAAUUAAUAUAUUGAACAUUUUGUAUACAGUAUAUAUUUAUUGGAUUUAUUAAACACUGCGAAAAUAAACUACUUUAACCAAACUGUA